CAUUUCUGCACAGAGCCUUGCUGCUUGCCGACCGCUUCAUUUCUCAACUCCAAUCUCCAACUCCUGAUCCAAGAUGACACUGUUCUCUCUCAGGUGAUCGUGCUUUGCUUCUGGUUUGUCGAUUGCUUGGUUUAUUGAUCGUAGAUACGGAUAGAUAUCCUUACGAAGGAGGUUGUCGAAGAGUCAAGAACUUUGCCAAACAGUUUAGUCCCGAGUUGGCCAUGCUUCGAACUGCCGUAGCCUGCGUAAGCGGCGCAGGGGUUUAGCUUGCAACAUCGAUCUACGAUAAGGUCGUGGGUUGAACCCUGUGAUGACCUUGGUUCGUUUAGUUCGUGCCGAUUCCACAACGUCGUCGUUGUCCGCCAUCAACCUGAUCAGCUCAUACAGGAACGAGCUUCAGGAAAGACACACUCACCUUCCCUAUUCUGAUGAGUUACCACUUCGGUGGAAGCAAGCGCCGCCGACAGCGAAGUGUCCAGAUGAAGUUUCCCGUCUACUCGUGUGUUUGCACAAGACAACGUUUGUGGUUGUCGCUCCUGGUCGUCUUCCUAUCAGCUUACACAGCAACCGGUCAAGAUGGAGAUGGAUCAGGAAGUGGCGCUGACACCAGUCCGACAGUGGCUGUCACCACGACAACGGUGGCAGCGGAAGCAACAGCCGAGUCAACCACGGCUGCUCCGUCCCCAACGCCAGGACCGUGUGCCCAGUGUGAUCCUGUUGGGUCGGUGUGCGGCAACUCAACUAACAUGACGUGUAUGUGCAUCAGUGGGCACACGGGCAACGGAAUGUACUGCACCAAGGAGUAUGUCAUCGAUACGAUGAAGAACGUUGCUACGAUGAACACCACCGGGACACUGGUGGGAGUGAACACGACAACGGUAGUGUUCGGCACCAACAGCACGUCAUCGGGAGAGCCCUGGGCGUUGCUGAACACGUACGUCAACCUGCUGCCCAACCAGAGCAUUGCCGAGCUGGCAGCACCCGGCUUCUACAGCGUCCGCACGUGUAGGAAUUUCCUGUACUCGAAUGGCGUGCAGACGCAGACAUGCGACGGUGUUGAGAUUGUUAGCACGCUCAGGACGACAGGUAUUGUUGGUGCUAUUGUUGACUGGGUCAACAUGUCCACUGGAGGCUCGGAGAACUUGUUUGAGGUGUCCAACAAUGAUGGUGUAUCGGAGGUUGCGUUUGUGCUGCCUAACAUAACCAGCACCGACUACAACGUGUGGGUGAUGGAGUAUCGGACUUUCCUAGCCGAUUGUCAGACGACUGGUGCUGAAAACACCGUUGCCGUGUGCACGUGGAGCAGUUUUGAAGUGAACAGGACCCAGCGCCGUGCCUCGCUGGAGCGGCUACAACCCGGCGAGUACGAGAUACGGCUGCACGCCGAGAUCAGGACGGGACCGGUGGGCCGACGGCGCCGUCGCCGAAUGACACCCAUGGUGUCACUGUACACGCCGCCCAUUGUAAUCACUGUACCGGCAUCAGCGCCUGCACCGAUCACACUGCUCCGUGCACAUGAUAUAACAUCCCAGUCCCUGAACAUAUCCUGGCAGCCGCCUAGCUCCUUCAACGGCAAUCCUCUGCCCUAUUUUGUCAACUUCACUUUGGGACCCGACGUUGACAUGCAGAACAUCAGCUUUAGCGACGCCAAUGAAACAGUGUCUGUGUUUUACGGGUCGUUGUUGCCUUUCACCGUGUACACCAUCAGCGUUAUUGCCAACAGCAAUGGCGGAAGCAGCAGCGUAGUGACCAGGACUGUAACCACAUCAACACUGUUGCCUGGGGCUGUGCCCAGUCUGAAUGUCACCUUCACGAGAAAUCCUAGCAACGACCGAGCCAUUGCUCAGCUCCGCUGGACACCACCGGAUCAGCGAAACGGCUCCGUGACGCAAUACGAGGCACGCUAUCAGACCGUGGGCUCCAGCUCAGUGACGACAUUGCCUGCGGUGAAUUCCUCCGUUCUGAGCCUAUCAAUACCUGGACUUAGUCUUCACUCAGACAUCAGUUUUCAGGUGGCAGCCUACACGACAGCCGGUCGUGGGCCGUUCACGGUGAAGAUGGGAAGGACACCAGUCGGAGUGCCGUCUUCACCGCCGACAAUCGCAGUGCCGGCUACAGAAAGUGCCAACGAUACGUCGGUCGGUCUCUUGAUCACGGCAGCGGGCAGCGUGAACGGCCCAAUCCAGACCUAUGCCAUUCUGGUAUCGUACUGCACCCUACAGACCGGUGCUAUUCCUGACACGGCACUGACGUUCCAGGCGUGCACGCUGGGCUGCCAGUGUGCACCGUACGUCUCACACUUUGGCACGCUGAGUCAGAUCGGAUACGGCGCGUCGGGAGGACAGUCACAUGCCGUCGUCGGUGUUUCCAGCACCACCUGUCUCAGCGCGGACGUUGUCUGCAAUCCUGCACUGAGCAACAACGCUUCAUUCGUCAUCACAGUCAGAGCGUACACUGCGUUCACAGCAACGGGUGACAGUGCGCAGCCAAGCUUGUCAGAUUUCAGCGACAGCUCCAACAACUUGUACGCACAAACGAGCCGAGUGGUCAUGACAACUACUCCACCACUAGUUGGUCGUGGUGACGACAGCCAAGCGACGGUUCCUGGUGCUGCUAUAGCCGGUGGAAUUCUCGGAGGACUGGGCUUCAUCGUUCUCUUUGCCAGUGGCUUUCACUACAUGAAGACCGAGGCUGGUCAGGAAUUCCGCGACGGCUUGCUGGGCACUCUACGGCAUCACUCACGCGAUAGCUUCACGCUGCCGCUGGAGGCAUUAGGCAAGUGGCCCGUACGGCAUGACGUCUCCUCCGGCCUGCACCUGGCAACAGCCUCCAUGUCCAUUCCGGGACAGUUUCACAAAGUACACAGCCGCGAAGAGUUGGAGCUGAGUAAGUUGGCUGACGAUGGAAUGGCGCCAAUCAAACCAGAGCGGAAACCGCCGCCAAUUCACGGCACAUCGCUUGUCGGCGACCAGUACUCAAGUCCAAUUGCGGUUGCUGGAUUUGUAAACUAUGUCAACAACAUGGGUGCACAUUCCGACCUUGGAUUCGCCAAGCACUACGAGGUGGUGGGUCCCAUAGGGCAGCAUCAUAUGGCCGACGCGUCACUUCAACCGGAGAACCGCGGCAAGAAUCGCUACAGCAAUAUCGUGGCAUAUGAGCACUCCCGAGUGCACCUCAAGGUCCUCAACGGAGAGCCAGGCACCAGCUACAUCAAUGCCAAUUAUAUUCACCACCCAAACCAGGAGCGAGCGUACAUCGCCACGCAAGGUCCUCUGGGCACCACUAUUCGGGAUUUCUGGCGCAUGGUAUGGGAACAGGGCAGCUCCACCGUCAUCAUGGUCACAAACCUUCAGGAGAAGGGAAGGGUAAAAUGUCAUCAGUAUUGGCCUACGGAAGGGGAUGUUGUAGAUCACCGCAAGAAUGUGUUCCGCUUCACCGAAGGCAUGGACGUCCCACUGACCGUGGAGAUGAUAAGUGAACAGAUACAGUCAUUCGCCACGAUUCGGACGUUCUUUGUCAGCCAGGGUGCGAAUGUACGGCAGGUGAACCAGUAUCACUUCACACACUGGCCGGAUCAUGGAGUACCAGCGACUGCUGAUGAUUUGCUUCGCUUCGUGCUUGGUGUGCGACUGUUCAACGAGAAGCGUGACUUGGAGAUGUCAACACCAAUAGUUGUGCACUGCAGCGCGGGAGUGGGCCGAACGGGCACGUACAUUGCUGUGGACACUGUCGCCCAGCAACUGCUCAACAAGGACAUGCAAUUCGUUGACCUGCUGAGUAUAGCGUGUCAGAUGCGAUGGCAGCGCGUCAGCAUGAUUCAGACGGAGGGUCAGUUUAUAUACGUGCAUCACUGCAUCGCAACCCUCAUCGACUGCAUUACGAAAGUGGAAGAGAAGUCUCCCGGUCUCUCACGUGGCCAGAUCUUCAGAAAAAUUCUUGAGGAACGAUACAAAUUGUCCUAGUCGAGCCUGGAUUUCGUAUUCUCGUGGAUUUCACACUUCACCGUACGGCUGUCGGAAGCAUUCAGCUCGGCUCUGUCCAAUCACGACUAUAGCACAGCAGCUGCAGGGGCACAGCUACACAGCUGUAUACCUACUGAUCUCUCUCUCUCUCCUCUCUCCUCCCUCCCUCCCUCUCCCUCUCUCUCUCUCUCUCUCUCUCUCUCUCUCUCUCUCUCUCUCUCUCUCUCUCUCUCUCUCUCUUUCUCGCUCUCUUUCUCGCUCACGUGACAGUAAUAGCAGUGACUGCAUGCUACAAUGGUUGCCAGCCAGGUACUCACCCCAUGUUUCUGAUUGAAGCUACGCCUAUGCCCAAUGCCAGAAAAUGAUUGUAUUUAGCCAUAAUAUUUAUUGCCAAAUUUCUUUACGUCCUUUUGCAUUCUUCUUUGCCUGAAAACCAUAUUCACACACACACACAUACAUUGUAUCGAGAGCCUAUGCGUUCCUGCACCAAAUUCCCUACGCCAGCCAAAUAAACAGUUGAAAAGGAUAUACGGUGCAUAGUCAUGCAGCACACACCGCACAACUUCCUUUCAUGUAUAACCGUAAUAGACAUCCAGAACCACAUCAUGACAUCGGCUUACAUUGCCAUGACAUCAUAGAUUCUAUACUAUUGUCGCCAUACCUGCAUGCUGACUGGCCUCGGACCCAGGCACUACAUUGUGUACAGAGGUACUGGAUUGGAAUAGAUCAAACCUGUGCCAUGUAACUCGUUGUAGUAACAAGACGGCUUUUUAGUGAUUCAUGGUUCCGGCUUUUUGUCCCGUGGUAGCUUGCCAGCGUUUGUUCUAGACGGUCUAGAACUGCAUAUUCAAUUUGUCCACAAGCCACUAGUACCAGAUUUCCCUUGCUGUCCUUGUGCCUUCACACAAUCAUUGUCUUUCUUAGCUCAAUCACGGUGUAAUGUAUGUUGACUUUUAAAAUGCAUGUACAUUAUGGUAUGUGACCGGAUGACUCUGUUGAAAGAGCUGCUAGCUCAAUGUUCACACCUAGUCAGUGUUCAUUGCUCAGCUAACAAGAUACUCAUCUGAUUGUCAACCAGAACUUCUUGAAUAUCGGCCAAGCUCAGUUGCAA